AUGCGCAGGGCGCUGCCCCCGCCCCGCCACGCUGAGAAGGUGCCCGGAGGACAGCAGCAGCUUCCACAGCCUCCCCCCCCACCCCAUCUCCCAACCACCACCAGCUUUAACCCUGCAGGGCACCCCCCCCGCUCCGGUACCCACCACGCCCGGCUGUCCCCCUCCCCUUCCCCUUCCCUCACAGCCUCACCCCACCCUGCCCCAUUCCCCUCCCUUCUCCAGAUGACCACCGAGAGCGGCCAGCAGCGGCUGGAGCCCCCCGUCCCUCUCCGCUCCUGCAGCCCGGCUCCCGGAGCUCUCCAGAUGAGCCGGCCGCCUUCCUCCGCCCUGGAGACCUCCACCUCCUCUUCCUCCACCUCCACCUCCUCCUCCUCUUCCUCGGCGGCGGCGGCAUCCUCAAAGAGCAAGAAGGCCAGCUCGGGGCUGCGGCGGCCGGAGAAGCCCCCUUACUCCUACAUCGCCCUCAUCGUCAUGGCCAUCCAGAGCUCGCCUUCCAAGCGCCUGACCCUCAGCGAGAUCUACCAGUUCCUGCAGGCCCGCUUCCCCUUCUUCCGUGGCUCCUACCAAGGCUGGAAGAACUCGGUGCGCCAUAACCUCUCCCUCAACGAGUGCUUCAUAAAGCUGCCCAAGGGCUUGGGCCGUCCGGGCAAGGGCCACUACUGGACCAUCGACCCGGCCAGCGAGUUCAUGUUCGAGGAAGGCUCCUUCCGACGGCGGCCCCGUGGCUUCAGGAGGAAAUGCCAGGCACUGAAGCCCAUGUACCGUAUGAUGAACGGGCUGGGCUUCGGAGCUUCCAUCCUCCCGCAGGGCUUCGACUUCCAGGCCCCCCCCGCCUCCCUCGCCUGCCACUCUAAUGGCUACAACCUCGACAUGAUGCCCAACGCCAUGGCCAGCGGCUACGAGGGACUCAGCGGCGGCCACCAUGUCCCCCACAUGUCGCCCAACCCCGGCUCGACCUACAUGGCCAGCUGCCCGGUGACUGCCAAUGGGGACUACGGCCCCGACAGCAGCAGCAGCCCCGUGCCCUCCUCGCCUGCCAUGGCUAGCGCUAUCGAGUGCCACUCGCCCUACACGAGCCCUUCGGCUCACUGGACAGCCUCGGGGGCCUCUCCCUACAUAAAGCAGCAGGGUCUUCCCGCCGCCAACGCUGCAUCCUCGGGCAUCCACUCCAGCGUGCCCUCCUACUCCCUGGAGCAGGGAUAUCUGCACCAGAGCCCCCGCGAUGACCUCUCAGUGGGAUUGCCUCGCUACCAGCAUCACCCAUCCCCGGUGUGUGACAGGAAAGAUUUUGUCCUCAAUUUUAACGGCAUUUCCUCGUUUCACCCGUCCGCUGGUGGAUCUUACUACCACCAUCACCACCACCAAAGCGUCUGUCAGGACAUCAAGCCCUGCGUGAUGUGAAGGCAAGCGUUCCAGCAGAGACACUCAGAUGGCAUCGAGCAGAGCCGAGCUAUAGACGGACUCACGCAGGUUAAAUAGGAUGUGCACUCUGGUAGCGUUGGUAGUACACCAGUCACUUAGCAAAGUCACCCGAGGAAGCCGAGUUUGCGAUCCUUUUCCACCCCCUGAAGGACACCAAGGAGCUGAUAGAACGCUCCAAAGCUCCUGCUGAGAGCAAUACGCCUUAUGUGAUGUGUUGGGUUAGGUGGAAUCUCAGUGUCCUCACGCCAAAUCUGACCACCUUAAUCGCAAAUCACCUUUCUGUCAUCUAAAGAAACGAGCUUUAGGAAAGGGGACGAUUCGAGGUAAUUUUAUACGAGAAAACGUCUUUAAAUAGGAAACAUCUCCCACCUCAGCAUCUGCGAGGACCCUUCUUUCGCUGCUGCCUCGGCGGGAAUUUUGUUUUCUUUCCCCAAGGACGCUGUGUGUGGACCUCAACACCGGCCGAUCGAUCUUAUUAAACCAGUAUUGUUUAGCCCUGUCCUGUAAAGACUCCAUGGAAAACUCCAGGGUUUUUCCCCAGUGAUGCCACAA